GCCGUCCCGCCAAUUACUUUCCAUCCCGGCACUCUAGUGGUUCCCAUUACCUUCCCUUUCUUCAUCUUAAAUCCGGUCGCCAUUUUCUUACCUUCCAAUUUCUGCACCGCUGAGAAGCCGAAAUCCCUUCAUUCUGCCUUCUCUCUCCGGCACCGCCAGCGAUGUCCCGACAGCCAAUUAAUUGCAGUUCUUGUGCGAUUUCAUCCAGGUAACCAACAGUGGUGAGACCAUGACUGCUCUGUGACCUGUACCUAAAACAUUGCGUCUGUAGCUUCCUUCCCAUAGUAUUCUCCCUUAAAACAAUGGCUACAAAAUCUGUUCGGGUCAAUUCUAGACGAAUACGACCCAGAUAUCUUUUUAUGCUUCUUAUGCUUGUUCCCAUCAGUGUCUUUACCAUUUUCAAUUAUGUCCAAAAGAUUUCUUAUUUCUUCCGCCCACUUUGGGACAGCCCUCCACCCCCUUUUAUACGCCUACCACACUACUAUGCAGAAAAUGUGUCGAUGGAACACCUUUGUCGCCUCCAUGGCUGGUCUUUACGAUCCACACCUCGUCGUGUUUUUGAUGCCAUCAUCUUCAGCAAUGAGCUAGAUUUGCUUGAAAUCAGAUGGCGUGAGCUUUACCCAUAUGUCUGGAAGUUUGUAAUUCUGGAGUCAUACACCACUUUUACAGGCAUACACAAGCCAUUACUAUUCCAAAUAAAUCGAGAUAGGUUUGCCUUUGCAGAAAAUAAAACCGUCCAUGAUGUGUUUUCUGGACAAGUUGACUCUCGUGAGUCCUAUAGAAACCCAUUUGACCUUGAAUCCCAGCAACGCGUCGCUAUGAACGGAUUACUUCAGCGCGCAGGGAUUUCAGUUGGUGAUCUUUUGAUCAUGACAGAUACUGAUGAGAUUCCGAGCCCACAUACUGUGAAACUCCUGCAAUGGUGCGAUGAGGUGCCUCCUAUAGUCCAUCUUGAAAUGAGGAAUUACAUGUAUUCUUUUGAGUUCCCUGUGGACUUCAGCAGCUGGCGAGCCUCAGUUCACAUCUAUGGUCCACAGAGUCAUUACAGGCAUUCUCGCCAAACCGAUCUUAUAUUCUCGGAUGCAGGGUGGCAUUGUAGCUUUUGCUUUAGGAGCAUUCAAGACUUUGCAUUCAAGAUGACAGCUUAUAGCCACGCAGACCGUGUAAGGCGGCAAGAGUUCUUGAAUUACUCAAGGAUUCAGAAGCUCAUUUGCCAGGGAGAUGAUCUGUUUGACAUGCUUCCCGAAGAAUACACGUUCCAGGAGUUGAUUAAGAAGAUGGGCUCCAUUCCUCGUUCUUCCUCAGCUAUUCACCUUCCUGCAUACCUGAUAGAGAAUGCAGACAAGUUCAGAUUCCUGCUGCCUGGAGGCUGUGUAAGAACCUCUGUGGACAGCAUCCCAGAGUUGCAUAAGCAACCAUAGAGCCCUUGCUGCCAGAGGAUGUGAAUAUUUAGCUACCAGAAACAAUAGGUGAAGACUGAUGAUUAUUGGUGGUGAUAUACUUAGACACAAGUUGUGUGGCUAACAGGAAAGUUUGAACUGUUAGCGUGAGCGAGUGAUGUUAUGGUAGAUGAUCCAUUGGGUUAGUCUACUGAUUUUUGCAUUAUCUUGCCACAGAUAGUAAUAGAAUUUUGUGCAGUAAUUGCCUGUACCUCUUCAUUGUAUUGUAAUGAUAUUGGAUCGAC